AUGCUCGUCACGGCGAAGUACGUCAGAGAACAUCUACCGCUUCGCUGUUAUCGAGGACUACUUCGAGCGUGCCAUCAGACCUAUCGCGAGGUCAAGCAAGCUAUCCAGCAUAUGCAUGCAUCCAAGCAACUAAACUACGAGCUCUCCAUUGCAUUUUCACAUGGCCGCCCCUUCUUCUCUCUCACAUGGCUUCGAUUCCCCGCACUCUCUUCGGUGAUCAAUAAUCUUGUCAUCAACGUUGAUCUUCGCUUGCGUGAGCCUUUUAGCGAAGCUGGCACGACUCCAUCCAUGCCAGCUGAUUCGGACCUGCUUUCCCUACUCGAGGAUAACGAUCUCGGUUUUGCAUCGCACGUUUUCGAUUAUCUUGCCGUUCUCUUGAAAACACUUGCCGACUUGAUGUUUUACAGAGACCCCGACUCUGCCGUAUUAUAUGUCGAAGCAGUGACUCUCAAUCUGACUAGGCCAACACAAAUGGUUUCUUCAAUACAUGGCACCGAUGUCCGUUCUCGACGUGUGCUCGUCGAUCGCGAGGAAGCCCACGGCUUGGACGAGACGAUGCGUACCACUUUAAGAACGAACGUCCAAGGAUUCGGCGCGUUCGAUGCUUCUAAAUGCAACACCUUGACACCCUUGAUCCAGAUUGGAACACUCCGUUUUGCAUCAGACUGCACGGUGUGGGGGAAAGGACAUAAUUUGGUAAUAGCGGACAAGAAUUUCGCUUGGCUUAAAUACGCAGAGCCUUAA